AUGGCCGACCCAAUCCGUCACCACAAUCCCCGUAGCGACAUCCCCGAUCUCCAACUCAGCGGGCCCCUUCCCCGGCGCCCCGUGCCCCAUACACAAAUACUCGAUCAUGGACGGAUUGAUUUUGACGGCGAUCCGAUCCGGCCAGCAACUGGCAUUGAAGAAGUUGCUCGCACUCAGAAAAUUGAUAAAGAGCGGUGCCGCCUUCCCACCAUUAUCACCAGCACGACGCGCCCCCACCCCCUGGACAGCAGCAGCAGUAGCAGCAGCCGCCGCCCUCUGCAGCCCCUCCUGCGCAAACCGCACCUUCUGCCGGAUCUCCCCGCCGUUGCUAAUGCCGUAGUAGUCCUGGAUCCGGAUCGUCCCGCUCCCGCACGUCCCGUCCGCCACAUUGUCCGGCCACACCGAUCCGUCGAUGCCGCCCCCUCCGACGCCUACUACUCCUCCUCGUUCUGCUCCUUCUACUCCCCAUUCGGAGGCUGGGGUGUUGCGGGGCAGGCGGAAGCGGCGGAUGAGGACGAUGCGGCCGCGGGCUUGGGCGAGGGUGGGAUCUGGGCGAGGUCGGCGUCGCUGCCUCGGCCGGUGCCCUCGCGUUUGAGGGAGAGGAGGAUGGUUUCGGAGGGGUGGGCUUCGAGGAAAGGUGUGGAGGGUGCUGAGGAGGGUGGAGAGGUAUUUGGGGCCGGUGAGGGAGAUGGGGAAGGCGGAGUGGACGAGGCUGAGCUCGGGGAUUGGGGGUUUGGUGGCGGUGCUGUUGCUGUUGCUGUUGCUGGAGGGCGGGGGCGGGGGCGGGGUGUAGACGGGGCAGGAGACGCGCACGUCGAGGAAGCGCACGCCGUUGUGGAGCUGGUCGAGGACGGGCACGGCCUGGCAGCGCACCGAGGGCAGGGCGACGUGACAGGUGGGCGAGUUGUGCGUGCCGGGGAUGGAGAGGGCCGAGAGGGGCAGCGCGUCGUCCAGCGUCGACAUCCAGGAGGCGAGGUUGGCCGAGCUGAAGAGCGCCAGGUGCGCGUGCUGCGGCAGGUAGAUGGCCGUGAACUCUUUGGUUUCUUCUUCUUCUUCCUCUGCGUCUCUGGGGAGCGCUUUGAGGACUAUGCUCCGCCGUGA